UUCCUUGUUAUUCUUUUACAGGAAAGGCUUCUUCAAGAGGACAAUCACUUUCAAUCAGUUUCAAGUUCAAGUAGCUUACAAAACCAAUCCCGCUGCCUCGUCUGCUUGGGCAACAACAGUUGCAGGAUGGUUCGUUCGAGAACUAAGCUGAUGAACAUCUUGAUAGAAAGAAAGAAACCUCAAGAGGCUCAUUCCAUUUUCAAUACCUUAACAGAAGAAGGACACAGACCAACUCUCAUAACGUAUACCACUCUCCUGGCCGCUUUUGCCCUCCAGAAGCGCUUCGAUUCCAUCACUUCUCUCAUCUCUAGGGUGGAGGAGAGCGGCUUGAAGCCUGACGCAAUAUUCUUUAACACUGUGAUCAAUGCUUUAUCUGAAUCUGGAAAGAUUGGGGAAGCCAUGAAAGUAUUCCGGAAAAUGAAGGACAGCGAAUGUAGGCCUACGACAAGCACAUUUAAUACUCUAAUUAAAGGGUACGGAAUCAUGGGUAAGCCUGAAGAAGCAUUGAAACUACUAGAGCUUAUGAAGAGAGAGGAAAAUUUGAAACCGAAUGAAAGGACAUACAACAUUCUUGUCAGAGCUUGGUGUAACAAGAACAAUAUCACGGAAGCAUGGAAUGUUGUAUACAGAAUGGUCGGGUCCGGCAUGCAACCUGAUGUUGUCACUUUCAACACGUUGGCCAGAGCUCAUGCGCAGAACGGAGAGACGAGCAAGGCUGAGGGCAUGAUACUCGAGAUGCAGAACAACAAAGUCAUGCCAAAUGAGCGUACAUGUGGCAUCAUCAUAAGCGGUUACUGUAAAGAAGGUAACAUGACAGAAGCCAUGAGGUUCAUGCACAGAAUGAAAGGUCUCGGGGUGCAUCCGAAUCUUGUUGUCUUCAACUCACUUAUUAAAGGAUUUCUAGACAUUACCGACACUGAUGGCGUAGAUCAGGCACUGACAUUGAUGCAAGAAUUUGGGGUAAAACCAGAUGUCGUAACAUUCAGCACUAUAAUGAAUGCUUGGAGCUCAGCGGGACUUAUGGAGAAAUGCCAAGAAAUCUUCAACGACAUGGUGAAGGCCGGAAUAGAACCGGACAUCCAUGCAUUUAGCAUCCUAGCCAAAGGCUAUGCGCGUACCGGAGAACCCAAGAAGGCCGAGUGGCUGCUGACUUCCAUUGCGAAAUCUGGAUUAUUCCCGAAUGUCGUGAUCUUCACUACCAUCGUCAGCGGAUGGUGCACGGUCAGCAAAAUGGAGCACGCAAUGAGGGUGUACAAGAACAUGUGUGACGUGGGCAUUUCCCCAAACUUGAAAACCUUCGAGACCCUUAUCUGGGGAUACGGAGAAGCAAGACAGCCAUGGAAGGCUGAAGAUUUGCUUGAAACAAUGGAAGAGAAGGGCGUGCUUCCUGAGUUGAGCACUAUCCAGCUGGUGGCGGACGCAUGGCGCGCAAUCGGUCUAGUGCCCGAGGCCAAAAGAGUCGUGAGCAAUUACAAGGAUAAACUAGACAACCAGCUGACAACCAAGAAGGAUGAUAUAGCUAUGCAUAGCUUGGAGAGUAUAUAUCAAAAGCACAAGCUUGCUGCUUCUUACUCUGAUCCUCCGCCAACAUCGGGCUCGGCUGUAUCCGACAAAGAUGGAUCCCCCGCCACGGCCCUUGGGAGUAAAAUGCUUCCAAAAGGUCACAUUUCUUCGUCUGUGAAAAUGUGGAAGGCCACAAAAUCCGCCCUUCUGAAGAACACGCGUUUGUUCAGGGUACAACCGCCUCAAUGCAGGAAGCAGCAUCGGAGUCAGGUCACGCCUUGCGGUCACUUUGUGAGUUCAUACAGGUCGGUGGUCCUACAUUGACUGGAUCGCCACGACAAUGCCAACACCCUUCUCUCCACAGAAUUUGGCGGCGAUGUCAUAUUUGAUGCCCCUUCUUCAAGCUGAAGAUAUCAAGGAUGCAACAGUUUUUGACUCGCUUUCGUUUCUGCACUCUUUGGUUGCGGUGCUCUGAUUCUAUUGGUAUGUAAUUGUUAUGGAGUAUCUGUUUACAGAUCCAUGCAUACAGUGUUGGCCUCCACGGCCAAACUUUUGUACUGUUAAUUCUCUUCAAAGGAAUAUAGUUUUUCUUACUGUAA